ACGGCUUCAAUAAGCUCACUACUCACAUUCCCAAAUACAUAGAAAGAUACAGUGCGACCACGACGUUUUGACCGGGUGUACAUUUUUAUGUUAAGAUUAUGGGGUGCUGGAGAUUCUCGGCAGUGAAUCUUGUUCUUCUGUCUUUCUGCCUUCCCAUCCUCUCCUUCAAACACAUCAAGACCAGCCUGUGUAAGUGGUGUGACUACUCCAGCCCUAUCUGUGAGGACAGUGUGUGUUACACCAACUGUUCCCUCUCCUCCUUCUGUAAUCUGAGUGAAGAGAUCUGCGUUGCAAUAUGGCGGAAGGACAACCAGAGUAUGAGUGUGAAGACGUUAUGCCACCAGCCCCAGCAGCCCCUGGAGAACAUAAUGUUGUCCAACUACUCCUCCAACGAGUGUGUGAUGGCUCCUCAGCCCUCUGAGGACGGGGUCCUGUUCAUCUGUGGCUGCCUGGGAGAACAUGAGUGCAACGAUAAGCUCAUAUUUGACAAGGGCUCCAAUGGUUUUUCCAAGCCCAAGAGUAAAGAUGUGAUCCCAGUGGUAGUGAUCAGCCUGGUUCCUCCCUUCUUAGUGGCUAUCAUCGCUUCCAUGGCUUUCUACCUGUACCGCACCAAACAGCCCGGCAAGCAGCCCAAAGACUGGGCUCCCAAACACACACACUACCAGGCCUUGGACAUCCCAGAGGGCCUUAGUGGGGACGCCAUCACCGGCGGUGAGGACUGCCAUGGCAAGCUGUCAGCCAUCAAUGGCGACAUCACCUCUGACAUGUGUCCUGUCCGGGCCAAUAACUUCAACCACAACAUGGAGCAGCUGCCUAUCCAGCUGGAAGCCUUGGUGGGGAAGGGUCGCUUCGCUGAGGUGUGGCGGGCCAAGCUCCACCACCAGGCUGCUGGUUCUCUGUACGAGACAGUGGCAGUGAAGAUCUUCCCGUCUGUGGAGUACGUGUCCUGGAGUAAGGAGAGGACCAUCUUCUCUGACGCCAACCUGGAGCACGACAAUGUGGUUAAAUUCCUGACAGCAGAGGAGCGAGGGCCCUCCGGCUCCCCUCAGAGGCAGUACUGGCUGGUCAUGGCCUAUUACAGCCUUGGGAACCUGCAGGACUUCCUGGCGGGCCACGUGUUGAGCUGGGCUGAGUUUUGUGCUAUGGCUGGGUCGGUGGCUCAAGGAUUGGCCCACCUUCACAGUGAUACCACCCCCUGUGGGAUCCCCAAGGUGCCCGUGGCCCACCGCGAUCUGAAGAGCAGCAACAUCGUGGUGAAGAGCAGAAGAGAGUGUGCCCUCUGUGACUUUGGUCUGGCUCUGAGGCUGGACCUCUCCCUCACCGUGGAUGACUUUGCCAACAGUGGCCAGGUGGGUACAGCUCGCUACAUGGCCCCUGAGGUGUUGGAGUCCAGGGUGAAUCUGGAGGAUCUGGAGGCCUUUAAACAGAUGGAUGUCUACUCCAUGUCCCUGGUCCUCUGGGAAAUGGUGUCCCGCUGCGAAGUCAUAGGCGAGGUGAAGAGUUAUGAGCAGCCCUUUGGCUCUAAGGUGUGUGACCAGCCGUGUGUGGACAGCAUGAGGGACCUUGUCCUGAGGGACAGGGGCAGACCUGAGAUACCCACCAGCUGGAAAACACAUCAGGGUAUGGAUCUGCUGUGCGCCACCAUCAAUGAGUGUUGGGACCACGACCCAGAGGCCAGGCUCACAGCCCACUGUGUGGUGGAGCGCAUUGGAAGUCUAGUAAAGGAGAUGGAGCAGAGGGGGUGAGACACCGUCAACAACAGCCUCCACUGACUGUGACGUGGACACUUUGGCCCCUGAAACAGACACAGAAGGACCCUCAUCCCUGGGCCGCCGACUGAGAUAGUACAAGGAUCACCAAAAAUAGACAUUUCUGUAUGAUAGAUUGAAGUCACUCUACCCUACGAACAAAAGAAAAGGGACUCAUUUUUGUAUGAUAUAUUGUUUCAUUUGAAGGAGCUGGUCUCCUGAUCGAGUUGUGUAAUAUAGCCUUUAUGAAGUGUCUUAUGAAUGCACUUUUGAACUUGUGACACUGACGAGAUUUUCUUUGUGCCCCUUGGAAAGUUUUGUGCACAGGAUUCAGGGAAGAGAGCAAACUAGCAUACCACUAAUUAUCAUCCCAACUUAACUAUUACACUGUAACAUCAUGUCAAUUUGACCAAUAACUAAAAAAGUGGAUCAGUUUCCAAAUCUGAAGUACAUAAAUCCUGUAGUGAAUGAUGACAUGGAUGCAUCACGAAUGGCACCCUGUUCCCUACUACUGUUGACCAGAGCCCUAUUGCUUUGCUAUAUACAUUGACUAGGGUGCCGUUUGGGAGGCAACAAUGGUUGUUAUUUGCUACAGUACAGAAAGCACUGUGUGUGGUGUACCAGCUAUUUAAAUUGGUCCUUGUUCCUAUUGGAGAUAAUUUACCUUACAAGAAUGAUUCCUUACCACUUUUAUUUUUCUUCUCAAAUGAACUGUUCCAUUGCCUUCUCACAGUGUGUAGCCUCAAAAGCCCCAUUUAUACCUGCCGCUUACAAGCGUUCUUCGUCCUGAUCUUGCCAGUUUACACUUCUAAGAUCUGAUCAAAAUCAGUUCACAACAAGUCUUUUAAUCGUCUACACCUGUCUAAAAAUGUGGGCACAAUCAGAAUGAGUCACGAUUUGGACGAAGGGUGCAAGUUAGAACCAGGUAUAAAGUGGCUAAAGAGCAGUGUGGUCCUUGUCCUCCCAGGUAGCGUCCCAACUGCCAUUAUGGGCCCUGGUCAAAAGUAGUGCACUAUAUAGGGAAUAGGAUGCAAUUUGUGACGCAAACCCAGAGUUAGCUCAGAGCUGAGAGGUUUGCAUUUUUCUUAGGGUUUCACUCUGAUUACCACAAGCUGCUGCUACUGUGAAUGGUGAAUGUUAUCUAGACUAGAGACCACAACACACAAACAAGCAUGGAGAAAUGACCUUUUUAAAAUGAAAGAAAACGAAAAAGCAUUUAAUGAUUCCUUUGAACUGAUAGCUGCAUAUAUAUAUAUAUAUAUAUAUAU